AUGACUCAGGACAUUGCGCGCGGCCUUAAUACACCUUUAUCUCAAGCAGAACGUAUAAAGAACUUACAUGCAAGUGCUAUUGCAGGCCAGUCUGGUGACAGAGAGAUGAUUAUUGUACCGCAAGUUGGUGAAGUCGGUGAUAUGGAAGGAGCACGCUUUCCAAAAGCAGAACUUACGAGAAUAGUUUACGCACGGCUUGAGGAGAUCUUUAAUCAGCUUAAAAAAAGAAUAGGCCCCUCUCCGUUUCGCAAGUAUUCAUGUAUGCGGUGGGUUCUAACAGGAGGUGCAAGUCAGCUUCCUGGUCUUACAGAAUUGACAAGUUUUAUAUUAGGAAAAAAAGCACGUUUAGGUAGCCCUGUUCACACUCAAGGACUUGAUGAAGCCAAUCGGCAACCUGGCCUUUCUUGUGUCAUCGGUUUAUUAAUGUAUGCACAAGCGCAAGGCGCAAAAGGGCAGUCUUUAGUCACAAAACGUAAAGGGAUAGCGACAUCUUGGGUGUGGGUUCGUAAGGUUUCUCUAUGGGUUAAAGAUAACCUUUGA